CAUGGUUCCUAGUCAGAUUCGUUAACCACUGCACCACGAUAGGAACUCCCCCAGCCUCUCCUUGACUGCCUCCUCCAAUGGGGGGCUCACGACUCUGUGAAACUAAGAAAGCUACCUUUGUCCUGAGUUGAAAUCUGCCUGCCUGCCUUCCCUCCUCUGAGUCAGUUCUAGCCUAGCCCUCUGGGAGGGAAGAACACACUGCUCUCCCAGAACAGCUGACUACCCUCCUCCUCACCAUUGUCCACACUCAUGCCAGAGCAGUCUGGCCUAAAUCCCUCAUGCUAUGAUGAUGCCAUUGGUGAGGGGGCAGGAGAAUUCCAAGAAGGAACUGUCAGAUGCUGUUUCUGAUGCUCCCAUAUGACAAGAGAGGUAGGGGGUAGAGAGCCAUCCCCACUUUCCCCUCAUAAGCUUAGCAGCCCACAGCACUGCCUUCCAGCCACUGAAUAGGGUGCAGCUCGGUCCGGAGCCAGGGUUAGGCACCUGCAUGUGCUGGGGGCAGUUUGGUGCUUGCAUGCGAGCACACUGUGUAGAUGGGGCAGACCCAGAGCUCACUGGUCCAUGUGGGGUUGAACCUGCCUUGGCUGCUUAUCCACAGGCUCAUGGGGGGCUGGGCUGCACAGGCAGGUGCAUCAGCCAUCCCAUCAUUCCUGGACUGAGGCACCCCUUGGCCUUUCUCUGCUGUGAUGCUGGGAAAUGGGGGUGUUGCUGAGGCGCUGAGGUGUUACUAAGGUUCGAGUGCUGUAGAAUUUUGGAGGGGUACAGUACACUCAGAGAGCCAUAGGCUGGGAUGGGAGGGUGGUGAGGAGUGGGGAGGGGGUGUCUCUGGGCCCUUUGCAACUGCCCACCAUGGUUUUGACCAUUUUGCCCCAACCUGUGCUUGAUUUGCCAGAGUUUGAGGGUCCUUGGAAUGUGGCUGCAGUUCUGAGAUGUUUUAGAUGUUCUGGCAUGUUCCUCAGGCUCUGGGGGUGCCUGGGGAUGACACGGGAGAGCUUAGGGUGUUCCUAAAAUUCUUGGGAUACUGCUGAGAUUCUAGAGGUGCUCUGGAGGAUCUGGGAGUCCUUGCUGGUGUUUCUGAGGUUCUUCCUCAGUCUUUCUGGCCCCCUGUCAACUUCUUUUAAGCUUAGCACUUUGCCCUUUGAGCAUUUUGAUAACCACAGCCUGCUGAAGGCACACACGUGGGCCUCUGUUCCUGGACGCAAAAAUUCCUCAGAUUUAAUCAACUUGAACAAAAACAUGGGGAGGAAGGAAGCCCUCUCCUGAGGCCUUCAUGGGCCAGCUCCAGCCUGAGGGGCAGGGCAGGGCAGCUCCUUGCCAGGCCCAGAUGGCAGAUGGUCUUUGUCUGCUCAGAGCCCAGAAGUUUUUGUAAGCCACCCCCCCACCCCCCACAGUGAGCAGGGCUUUGCCACCCCCCAGUCUGAGCCCCUCGCUGGCCUGGGCUGCUCAGUGGCGUCAGCCCCAUCUGAAUGUGCCCACAUGGCCUCAUGAGGGAACAGCCUGGCAGCCCUGACCCCCUGCCCUGCUCUCUCCCUGCCUCUCAAAAUUCUCUUUUCAGCUCUCCUGAGACACUUACACCUCACUCUUGUCAUCAUUACCUAUGUGACCUCAGGGCCCUGCUCCAGGCCCCCUCUUCCAGGAAGUCUCCGAGACUACUCAAACCGUCUCCUGCCUCCCCUCUUCUCUCUUCUCUGAGCUUUUACUUGCCUCCCAAGGACCUCCAUUCACCAGCCCCUCCUCUCCUGAUGACAGCUGCCAGCCUCUGACUCUUCUGGGUGCAAGUUCCCCUGUAAAGCCAACUGCAGGAGGCAGGCCCCGGACUUUGCCACCAGGCCUUUGGAGAAAUUCUUCCGGAGCCUGUCAUUACCAUCUUUCUCCUCUCAAUACUUUUCUUUGCCAGCCUUCAGUCUGGCCAGGUGGCAUCCUUCCUAACAACUCAGCGGUAGCCUACCAUUUCACAGAUGUGAGUUCUCCUGGCUUCAGGCUGGGGAGGUACUUUGGGCUCCAGCAGUGGGGUCCUCUUCCCAGCCUGAGCCAUGCAGCCACCUAGAAUCUGUGGAUCUUUGACCCAGCCUGCCUCCCUGUCCUCAUUAGAGUGGACGGGGGAGCUGGGGGCCAGGAGGGUGGGUGGAAGACAGUGAGGGAAUGUCGGGGCAGUAAGAGCCACUCUCUGUGGCUUUGACCUUCUUACUGAAACCAUUGCCUGAUGUGCUUGCUCCACAUUCCUGGGCUAUGAAGUCAUUGAGGGCAGGGAGUGGGGGCCUUGGGGAGAGAAGAGCCCACAAUCAAAGAAUCUCCUGGCUGGAUAAGCUGCCCAUCCUGGGAGAGAAGCAGGACUGCAACUCAGAGAGGCCAAAGGAAUCCCUCAAGGUCACACAGCCAGUCCCAGAGGUCAAACCCAGAGUGGCCUUUUCCCUCUUGUUUGGGGGCGGCCGAAAGAGAAGGACCAGGGAAUGUCGACCCAGGGCUCAGGGAACCAGACCUCCUCCGGAGCCACAGACGACGACUAUGGCAGCUGGUACAUCGAUGAGCCCCAGGGCGGCCAGGAGCUCCAGCCGGAGGGGGUGGUACCCUCCUGUCACCCCAGUGUGCCACCCGGCCUCUACCACGCCUGCCUAGCCGUGUUGUCGAUCCUCGUGUUGCUGCUGCUGGCCAUGCUGGUGAGGCGCCGCCAGCUCUGGCCCCACUGUGGGCACGGCAGGCCCGGGCUGCCCAGCCCUGUGGAUUUCUUGGCUGGGGACAGGCCCCGGACCGUGCCUGCUGCUGUCUUCAUGGUCCUCUUCAGCUCCCUGUGUUUGCUGCUCCCCACUGAGGACCCACUGCCCUUCCUGACCCUCGCCUCACCACUUGGCCAAGAUGGGGACACUGAGACUCCAAGAGGGCCCUGGAAGAUUCUGGCCCUGCUCUAUUACCCUGCCCUCUACUAUCCCCUGGCUGCGUGUGCCACAGUCAGGCAUGGAGCCGCCCACCUGCUUGGCAGCGUGCUGGCCUGGGCUCAUCUGGGGGUCCAGGUCUGGCAGAGGGCAGAGUGCCCCGAAUCGCCCAAGAUCUACAAGUACUACUCCCUGUUGGCCUCCCUGCCUCUCCUUCUGGGCCUUGGGUUCCUGAGCCUUUGGUACCCGGCACAGCUGUUGAGAAGCUUCAGUCACGGGGCAGCAGCGGGCUCUAAGGGGCUGCAGAACUGCUACUCUGAAGAAUAUCUGAGGACCCUCCUUUGCCACAAGAAGCUGAAAAGCAGCUCCCACUCCUCCAAGCACGGCUUCCUGCCCCGGGCCUGGACCUGCUUCAGACACUACACCUACACACCACAGCAAGGAUUUCGACUCCCCCUGAAGCUGGUGCUUUCAGUCACCCUGACAGGGACGGCCAUCUACCAGGUGGCUUUGCUGCUGCUGGUGGGCGUGGUACCCACCAUCCAGAAGGUGAGGGCGGGGAUCACCACAGACGUCUCCUACCUGCUGGCUGGCUUUGGGAUCGUGCUCUCAGAGGACAGGCAGGAGGUGGUGGAGCUGGUGAAGCACCACCUGUGGGCUCUUGAAGUUUGCUACAUCUCAGCCUUGGUCCUGUCUUGCUUACUCACCUUCCUCAUGCUGAUCCGCUCGCUGGUGACACACAGGACCAACCUGCAAGCUCUGCACCGAGGCUGCGCCCUGGAUCUGGGCCCCCAGCUCCAAAGCCCCCGUCCCUCUCGUCAGGCCAUAUUCUGUUGGAUGAGCUUCACCGCCUACCAGACUGCUUUCACCUGCCUUGGGCUCCUGGUGCAGCAGAUCCUCUUCUUCUUGGGGACCUUGGCCCUCGCCUUCCUGGUGUUCAUGCCCGUGCUCCAUGGCAGGAACCUUCUGCUCCUCCGAUCCUUGAAGUCUUCGUGGCCCUUCUGGUUGACCUUGGCCCUGGCUGUGACCCUACAGAACAUGGCAGCCCACUGGGUCUUCCUGGAGACUCACCAUGGACGCCCAGAGCUGACCAACCGGCGAGCCCUGUCCGCAGCCACCUUCCUUCUCUUCCCCAUCAACAUGCUCGUGGGCGCCAUGGUGGCUGCCUGGCGAGUGCUCCUCUCUGCCCUUUACAACGCCGUGCACCUUGGCCAGAUGGACCUCAGCCUGCUGCCACAUAGAGCUGCCACUCUCGACCCUGGCUACCGUACCUACUGCAACUUCUUGAAGAUGGAGGUCAGCCAGUCGCAUCCAGCCUUGACAGCCUUCUGUGCCCUGCUCCUGCGAACUCAGAGGCCCCAGCCCCGCACAGCCCCCCAGCACGGCCUUGGACCAGAGGAGGAAGAGGAAGGGAUGCAGUUGCUUCAGACCAAGGACCCGAUGGCCAAGAGAACAGGGCCCAGGGCCCGUCGAGGCAGGGCCCGCUGGGGUCUGGCGUACACUCUGCUGCACAACCCGGCCCUGCAGGCCUUCCGGAAGACAGCCCUAUCAGGUGCCCGGGCCAAUGGCGCCCAGCCCUGA